AUGACGCCACCGCUAUCACAUUCGUCUGAUUCAAUCACCCCCGGCCGGGCCCCACUUCCCUUCAUCCAGAACAUUUCGACUACUCCAAUAUGUUCGCCGUGUGCUGAUGGUCACUAUAUGACAUUUUGGAAUCAGUGUGAGCAAUGCCAGUACUGUUCAACGUAUUGUACAAGUCGAUAUGAAGUGGUUGAAAACGAAUGCUCACCUACUCAAAAACGCACGUGCGUGUGCAAAAGAGGCUAUUAUAAAACAGGCGACUUGUGUAGACCUCACACGAAAUGUCCACCUGGUAGUGGUGUCUCGAGAAAUGGUACAUCAACCAGAGACGUGAAAUGUGGUAAAUGCCGCAAGGGAAGUUACAGCGAUGUUUACGACAGCGUCUCGCGCUGCCAACCACACACAAACUGCACAGCCUACAACAUGGUCGUAGGCCAUCCCGGCAAUGGGACAUUUGAUGUCACUUGCAGCAGUAAUGUUAUAGAAGUAGAACCUAUUAGUGACAGGAAAGCAAAGAGGUUGCAAAAGAGGAAACUUCGCGAAGAGAAAAGGAACCAAAGAAAAAUGAAACGCAAAGAUAGAAAAGAACGCAGAGGCAGAAAACGUUCUAAGCUGGCCUCAAAUUGA